AGACGAAAACAGAGGGCCAUAGCAGUGGAACGCACACAGACCACGACAAUCAGGAGCGCGUUCUAGAGGAUGAGCGCUUUGCUGCGUACUAAUUUCGUGACUUCAUGCAGUAACCCCCCGUGCAUCGAACACAAAUCAGAAUGAUGGCUAAGCUGUCCCUUUUCAAGGCAACCAGCAGCAUGAUCAGCAACACCGAAGAGUUCAUCUGUCCCAUUUGCCUGGAGAUUUUUCAGAAGCCCGUCACGAUCAGCUGCGGCCACACUUUUUGCAGUGGCUGCCUGGCCCAGUGCAAGCUAGAUGAUCCCAAGUGCCCACUUUGCCGUUCCACCUUUGAUCCCAGCAAGACAGUGCGGGCCAAGGACCUUGCCAAGAACAUUUCUUCACUCAAGGCUGCCUGCUCAGGCUGUAGGAAAGUGCUCUCACUGUCGAAACUGCGGGCCCACCACAGCAGCUGCUCAGAUGAAAUGGAGGGUGCUGCAGCCGCGCCUCCAGUGUAUCAGCCCCCACACAGUCAGUCAUCUGGCAAGGAAAACCGGUUCACCUUUCCUUGCCCCUACUGUGAUGUGGACAACCUGGAUCUUGCUGCCCUAAGGGACCACUGCAAUGCAAACCACUACAACAGUCCGCACUCUGUGGUGUGCCCAGUGUGUGCAUCCAUGCCAUGGGGGAAUCCUCACCAGAAAUCCAUCAAUUUUCUAAGUCACCUCAACCUCAGGCACCGCUUUGAGUAUGACACUUACGUGGACUAUGGCAUUGAUGAUGACGAUGCCCUGCAGCAGGCCCUGGAAGCUUCCCUGAAGGAGAAAUAAAGGCCAAAGUGGCAUUCCAGCUGUUUUGAAAGACAUGGCUUUCCUAUGCUUUUUUUUUUUUUUUUUUUUUGUACCAGUCAUGUACAGCAUAAGAGAAAGAAGUCCUUCUCUACAGAUCCUGGGUGCCACUUCUUUCUACUAUUGCAGUUUUUAAAUAUAGGUUUUUGUUGCUGCAGGAACAGCAUCAUAUCUUAGCAAUGUUAGCAGUGUUUCAGAGAUGUGAGGUUGACCUAGGAUCUUGUUUGGAAAUAGCAUCUUGCUUUCUUUUUAUUAAAGGGUUUGUUCAGUACAACUGAAGAUUUGUUGGCAAAACUGUUUUAACUCAUUUGUGGUGUGUCUGUUGAACCACCAACAAGUGGCAAGGAGGAAUAGAGGGGGCUAAUGGCAUGUUUUAAAGGUAUUUUUAUGCAUAAAUAGUUUCAUACAUCUGACUAUAAACUGCCUUAUAAUUGUAUGGUGCACAUAAGGACAAAGUUCCAUUGUGCAUUCUUGCAGCCUUCUCUGCCAAUCUGUUUUUUUUAACCAUCCAUCUAGGACUGAGUUGUCAAUAUAAAGAUGUACAGUGAAACCUCGGUGAUACGAUCACAGCUCAUACGAAUUUCGGGGUGAUACAAAUUUUUCGUUGGUCCCGGCCAAGGCCCAUUGGCCUGCAAUAUAAUAAAGUACGGUUGUUGCGAACCGAUUUUCACCCAGCGACGUUUGAUACGAACGUACGCUAUCGCCCAGGUACGAAGAGGUGCUGUCGCGAAGACGCGCCAGGCACGUGCAGCGCGGGAACGCAAGCGUGGGCAUGCGCGCCGCACCGCCAAAUCGCCAGAAUCGCGGUUUAAGAAAAACACUCCUCUAAAGGUGGACGAGGACCGAAAGAAGGCGAGGGCGGUCUUGGUGAAAAAGUCAGGCCUCACAAUGUCAACAUGCGCAACCGUUGAGGUCGCACUUGUGCGGGCACGGUUGUAAAUCUCCCAAAACACAUCCCCAACACCUACGCGAUAACAAAAUCAUAACACAGGACCGUGGUUCCUAAGACUCCGGUGUCAUGCAAAAAACACACUAAAAAUUUGGAAGGGGCUACUGCUGUCGCGGGUCACAACGCACCUGGUUCAUAAAUUAAAUGCAUAAAAUCAUUCAGGAUUCUUCCCGACGUUUGCUGCUGCCCUGAAAAACAAUAAAUGAAAAUUUACGCCAGCUUUCUUUUGUCGCAUGCUAAUUUUCCAUGCUUUCUGGUGAUACGAAUUUCGGAUUAUACGAAUAUUUUUUGUGGUCCCAUGAGAUUCGUAUCAAUGAGGUUUCACUGUAUUUUACUUUGCAUCACAAGUGUAUCUUGGUCAAUUGUCGGUCCCUUUUUGACCUGGACAAGAGAAUACAAGACAGGGAGGAAGUCUCUGUGCCCCGUUGUCUGGGUACUUUGCGAGCCGUGCAUAUCAUUGACUAAAGUACAGUCUUGCUCUGCAGACAUGUGAAUCCUGGCACUCCAUGUCCACCCACUCACAAAUGUGCCAGCUGUAAAUGUAGAUAUGCAUGUUGCUGUUUUCUGUGUUGCUCACAAGAAUGAUUUGUAUUCCUUGAAACUUUUGCAACACAUUUUGGCAAGUAUGAAAAACAUGGUCAAGUGUGGCCAUACUGUGCAUCGUCGUUAUUUGCUAAUCUUAGAAAUGCACCCGGUGUUUGGAGUAAUAUCUCCGGUCAAGUAAUUGACAGCAUGCUAAUAGUAUGUGUGGGAUGUCCUUAUAAAGGGCAUGCUACAGCAAUCUGAUGUCAAGUGUGUCAUCUUGGUGAUGCCUUCAAGAUCGUGCCAUUUGUGUGUUGUGAUGGCUAUUGUGGAUUGCAUAAGAGGUUGUCGUUAGAGUGCAUCGCAGCAUUGUUACAAAAUGGUGUUUGGAAUUGCCACCAAUGUCUGUUGACUGUCGGUUGAUACACUGUAUACAACGAUAGCUGUGUCUUGCAGCAGGUGUCUGUGAAGCUGCAUCUGUGGAGAGAGACUGCAUGACUUGUUCUGUAAAACCGAGUGGUGGUACUCUUGCUCUUGGUUUUGUACUUUAUUGAAAAUUAAAACCUCAUGCAGUGGGUAGAAUUAAUUUGGAUAAGAUGAUUGCCCUUAAGGAGCCUUUAAAAACACCAGCCAUUUGCACUUCUUUAUAUUGCAGGUACUGUGCAUUUCAGUUUCCUUCAUUUUACUGUUGCAAAGGGGACACAGGACUAUUGCAAAUAGUUGUACAAAACAAAUUCUAGUCUCCCUUAUGCAGCCUCUUUUACAUAGACUCAUUUGGACAUACAGUUCAGUUGCUGUGGUCCAGGGUGGUAUUCGUUGGGAGCCUUAUAGCUGUGCAAGUUAAACAACCUCCAUGGUGACUGGCUUUUACCAACAUUCUUUCCUCGACAUCUCUAUGUUGCAAUCCCCAAGGAAACCAUUGUAUGCUUCACUUGCCAAUGAGACACUGUUGCUGGUUUAUUGCCAGUGUGCUAGUCACAUAAGUGAUUAGCUGCAGAGAUUUACGUAGGUUUGUGCAUUCCACUUUUGUAAUGCAGGUACAUUACAUUUUUGCUUGUAUUUUGUUACUGCGCAUUAAAAAAUGGUGAAUGUCUUUACCUGUACACAAGUGCAAUUGCUUGGACUACUGUAGUCACAAUGUACUUAAACUGUGAAAUAGACAAGGUUUUAUGCUGUACCAUCAACCUACACGAGCAAGCAAGCUGCUGUCAGCCUUGACCAACCUGUAUUGUUCAGGCCUUUUAUACUGUUUCUCUCACAUCUACAUAACCUAACAUCUGUGCAGGGCUAUAUGCCUAAACUGCCAGACUUUUGUAGUGGUCAUUGCUCUUAGAAUUUGAUUUUCGUCACGUCAUAUUUCAUUUCCUUGAUUGCUCAGUGCAAAGGUCUGUAAAAAUGAUGCUGCAUAGCAACUUCUAAUCGUUGAGAAACAAUUGUGCUUUGUUCAAGUCCAUAAGCUCCAGUUCUCAACAGAUGUGCCAUUGAAUGAGCAGAGUAUAAAGCAAACAUAGAGCUUAUGACACACAUUUCCUAUGAAGAAAGAUUUGCAGCAUGGUGCACAAAUUUCAUCACUUUACAGUAAAACAUGGUACACUUUCACAAACUGCAAAGCUUGUUUUUAUAAACCAUGCAUUGCCCUUCAUGUUUUGAAGUAUCCCAUAGCCAUAUUACAAGCUGUUUGUGUUCCUUUCACAGAAACAUAUUUUGUUCUGUUUUGGCUGCUAUUUUGAAUCUACUGUCCCACAGAUGCCAUAAAUUAUGACCAAGAUAGGGAUCCUUGUGAAAAAAUAAAGCUAACUGGCUAUGAAAAAAAAAAGUGGGUUUAAGACACUUGUGCUGAGCUUUUUUUUUUUCUGUGCAAGAGGUGCCAAGCAAGUAUUUCUCCAUAUAAGUCUUUGCUUAAUGUUACCAUAAGCUAAAAAAAACAUUCAAGUCAACAAAGUGAUUGAUGAGGCUCAAUUGACUAAGAAUGCCUGGUAUAUAAAAGACUACACAGUGGUUGGCUUCAGAUACAUUUUGACCACAAAAUUGGUAUGCAUUUAAUACCACUGUAUACCAAGGGUUUCAGCUGUCUGCGUGUACGCAACCCCUGUGUCUCAAGUGUUCUCUUAUUUUGGCCUUUGCAAAUUCCCUUGCUUUCUGCCAAGCAUGUCAAACUGUGGCCAGCAAGCAGCCAUGUUUAACAGCCCAGUGCCAGACUGAAAUUUAUGGCCCCUUUUGUGCACGUUAUAUUUCCAGGAGUGUGUAGCAACAAUUUGUUUUUUCUAUGUUAUGUUGAUAAUGGGAGUAUUCAGUUUUCAACAGCAAGCAACCCAUUUAGCUCAGUAAUUUCCUGCGCACCCACACACACACACAAUUACUACCUACCAAAAAAGAGCACUGCUCUAUAACUUAGUGGAUACAUUCCCAGCUGGUGAAUAUUUCCGCUAAUAUGACCUGCCUGGCACUGCCUCUUGCCACAGCGAAAGAUAUAGAAUGUCUCCAUGUUUGCUUUCAUCACCUGUAGAGGAAAGUUGAGUGCUGUGCAAGUUGGGCUUACUUCUAAAACUCAAGAGGUUUCUCCUUUUUUUCUUUACAACAGCUUUUGUCAAGUAUGUUACCAUAAGUGCAUCUUGUGCAUUCAAGUGUGUCAACGGCACCUUGCCCUGCCCUUGCAGUGUGCCCAUGUAUGAAGCCUUGUCAAGCAUCAUUUCAGGCCAAAUUUUAGCCGGUGAAAAACAUUCGCUUGCAAUUUUACAGGGGCUGUAAAUUUACAGUGAGCUUCCACACUAUGUAGACAACUUCGUACUUGUUUGAUGUUAUUCAGUGCACUACAUGAUUUGCCCAACCGCGUUUAUAUUGGUAUGCAGGAGUUGCUGCUCUUGCAAAGUGGAGAGUCUUCCCAUGUGUGUGAUGGACACUUUUCAUUUUUCACUUUUGUACACCGUUUGUAAAUAACCUCUAUUCAAUAAAACUUUUAAAGAAA